AUGGCUGCGAUGUUAAUGAGGCAGGUAACUAACACGCAGCUAGUGUGUUCAAAGCUAGUUCUUUUCUUUUGGCGUGCGAGCGUGCCGUGUGCGUGUGUUCACCUCAUUCCCUGAAAUCCCGUGGAGGGUCACAUUUAGUUCGCCCAAAGAGGUGUUGGAGUACAAAGAGAAACAGCUCCACUUGGCUGGCCGCGCAUGGUAAGCGCCCAAGCAAAGCUCUGCAAGUAUCAGAGGAGGAAGAAGAAAUUCCCUGGAACCCAGAAUCUUUAAUUCAAACAGAUUGAACAAUUCCAUGAACUGUUCAGCCCAUUUCUGCAGCUUGCAAAUUUUAAAAACAUUGAGAAAAAUGUUGUUUUGACUGCAGGUGUGAUGAUAUUUGUAGCAUUUGAACAAAUUAUUUUUGCACGUAGUUUACGCAUGUUGACUCUCUAUCUUGCAAUUUUUUCAUGAAUAUUAUUUAAGUAAUCACAUGAUUUUUCUUGUGCAAUUCUGAAUAAAUAAGCACUUCUGCAAGUUUGUUAGCCUUUGAAAAAAUUUACUCCUGCUUAUCUAUUCUAAAUUGCACUCGAAAUCAUGUGAUUAUCAGUACAUAUUGUCAAGACAAGCAAUUGAAAGUUUAGUGUAAGAGCCCAACUUAUAAACUGUCAAUUGUCAAAUAUCUCAGAACAGCUCUGUCUGACAUGAACAUCACCAUCAGCAGUGCUGCCAGCAGCCAUCAUGAUUAUCAUCAUCAACAACAUUAUUUCAUCGCCAUCGCAAUCAUCAUCAUCAUCCUCCUCAUCGUCAUCCCCACCAUGAGGAGGCAGGAGAAUGAAACACACUGAUAAAUUCUUGUUUGGUGUACAAUAAUGUUUGUAUUAAUUCCUCCCUUUUUAUUGUUAGAUCUGGCUAAUGCCCAAAAGAAACAAACAACUUAAAGUUCAGAACAACAAGAGGUUAGAAAUAAAAUGGUUGAAAGAUGUCGUUGAUAAUGAUAAUGAUGAUGAUGAUGAUGAUGAUGAUAUGGAUUAUCAGUAUGAAAGGUUCACAAGAGUACAGUCCUCUGAAGGAGCUUCAUGGAAGGGGUAUAUAUAUGUUUCUUUUUGCCUACAUGAGUUUGUACAACAACUUCUACACAAAAACACCCAAUGACGUACAUUUGUUCGUUAUAUAAUUUUACAGUUGUUUUGUUACAUAAGUUACAUUUUAGGAUGACACUUUGUGUAAGCUUAUUUCGGAUGUCCUGCUUGCAAAAUAGCAUGGUUUUUGGAGGCUUGCAAUAAAAGUUUGUCUUGCAUGAACUACCGGACGCGAGUAUACUUCACCCAGUUCAGUCAUUUCUGGAAUUUCUUCAUUUUUGUGUGUUUGUGUUCUAUUUCACUGGUGUAAAUUGCUCUUGUAUACAUUUAAGGAACUUCUCUUAAACUUAGAAUGAAGUGUAUAGAAGCGAACACCAACCACCUUAAACCAAACUUAAAAUAAUCACAAAGAGGAAGUUUAGUCAAAGCAUUAGUGACUAUAACAUUCAAACCCUUUUAAUGUAUACACUGAGGGGCCAGUAGAAAGUGUCAGGGUGUUGUAUUAGAAAGGUUGAAUUUAGAGAAAAAUAACGUUAGCCAAUUUUGCUUCCCUUCGGUCAGCAAAAUGCAUAGUUACUAAAACAAGGAAUGACCUACAAUGACCUACAAUGAUCUACAAUGACCUACAAUGAGCUACUAUGACCGAACGUGUAAUCCCUGUAAGCUAACAUGAAGAUUUUAGAAAAAGACAAAAAAAGAAGAUCAGGGGACGUGUGUCGUAGUUACUAAAACAAGGAAUAAUCUACAAUGACCUAUAAUGACCUACAAUGAUCUACAAUGAGCUACGAUGAGCUACUACGAGCUACAAUGAGUUACUACAAGCUAAAAUAAGUUAAAAUAAGCCCUACAAUGAGCUACAAAAUGACAGACAGCGAUGUUUGUCGUGUGUCACGCUUGGACGUGACACUAGACUUAUAGUAUUAAAUUGCCAAGCACAUUUUGAAAAGGCAAAACAAAAAUUGUGCCUGAUCUCAGGUAACUUGAGAAAGUUGAAAAUAGAUUAUUGCAAUCGCGUUUUUACCAGUAUAGCACUAUCACACCCUGUAUUGACACAAGUCAUGCAGGCACUCCCUUAGUAUGGGCCUCUGAGCAGGAUAUGGAUAUUACUAUUUAGCGUUACAAACAGAGCAUCCUGUUGGACCGAAAUCCAUUUAAAGGGUCUUAUGAUGUCUUAUACAGGCCAGGGUACUUAAAAAUAUGAACAAUUUUUCUUUUAAACAGGGUCAGAAUUUGAAGGCCUCCAUUGUUCAUCUCUACCCUUACGUCCCUUGAAGAUCCCCCCGGAAUCGACUCUUGGGGUGACUGUGUUUGUUCAAUUUGUUUGAAAAAAAGACACGACAAAAUAAAACUAAUGUGAAAGGUUGGUAGGGAUGGUUUGGACAAAAGUUACAGUAUCACCAUACAUGUAUUAUUACACUGUAAAUUUAUCUCCAAGCGCAAUAAUUAGAGAUGCUGUCAUCGUUAAAUGGGCUGUCAUGCAGUAGACUAAACGCAUUACGUUUACGCACACAUGUCCCCUGACUUUUUUUUUGUCUUUUUCUAAAAUCUUCAUUUUAGCUCAUUACAGGGAUUACACGUUCGGUCAUAGUAGCUCAUUGUAGGUCAUUGUAGGUCAUUCCUUGUUUUAGUAACUACGCAGCAAAAUGACCGUAAAAAUAAGGUGUUUGUAUACAAGGGUUUGACCGUGUUACGACAGCUGAUCUAUCGCAAGUGGUUAGUACUGAUUAUCAUCAUCACUUCAUUUUUUUAUUUCACUUCUGAUAAAUCAGCCCUUGCCUGUUAUUUAAUACACUUCAACACAUGACUUGAUUCAUCUUAAGUCUUCUGUAAAUGUGAUGUCAACAUAUGUUAAGAGCAAACCAAACAUUAAAACAAAAAACUCUUUUGAUCUUUGGAUCGAUCUCUAUUAAUUUCACAGCUUUUUUUGAACAGGUUUACAUUUUACAAACAAAAGCCAGCUGGUAAAAGAGAAAGCUAAAAGUAAAUCUAUCACAGGUUAAUGAAGGGUGUUCAAAUCUGAGAUGUACGCUUUAUAAAUGAUGGGAACCUUCCUUUAAGAAAGUAACUUGUUAUAUUGUUUUAGCUUAAUAAAGGAAAGAAAACCAAAGUUGCUCUUGUGAAGCAUAUCACGUCCUGUUUUGUCAUUUAAUUAUGUGUUUGUGCCAUGCUGUGCAUGGAUUUCUUACCACUCUAUAUUGUUGGUCUUUUCGCUUCUGUCCAACCAGAGGUUGUUGGAAUGUCCUUGUUUAAUUAUGUUUUUCUGCCAUGCUUCGACAUGGAUUUGUCACCAACCUAUGGUUUUGGUCUUUCUGUUUUUGUCCAACCAGGGGUUGUCGGAAGGUUUUUGUUGCAUUAUAGGGACAGGCAUUUUUAUAUGUUUCGGCGACAUGUGUAAUAAUAAUAAUAAUACUACUACCACUACUACUACUACUACUACUAAUGUCUUUAUUUCAUCAAAAGAUAAAACUACACAGCAGUCUGCCAAGCCAUCCCUGGCAUAGUUCAUGUACAUGUUCAUGUUGUGAAGUCGUGUUUAUUAUGUACGUUUGAGUUUGUACAAUGCAGUGCAUGGUUUUUUGACCAAGCUACAAGUCUGGUCUUUUUGCUUUUGUCCAACCAACCAGAGGUUGUUGGAAUGUUUUUAUGGCAUUUAUAGGGACAGACAUUUUAUAUGUUCUGGCGACAUGUGUAGUCUGCCAAGCUAUCCCUGCCAUAGUUCAUGUAUAAGUUCAUGUUGUGAUGUCCUGUUACACUGUUUAAUUUUGGGUUUGUACCAUGCAGUGCAUGGUUUUUUGACCAAGCUAGAGGUUUGGUAUUAUAUAGGUUUUCCAACCAGAGGUUGUUGGAAGGUUUUCUUUAUGGUACUAUAAAAACAGGCAUGUUAUAUAUUUUUGGAUAUAUGUGAAAUCAGCGGUUAUGCCAUGUUUAUCUCGAAGUUGUUGUUCUUGAUCAUGUUGAGAUCUUCUUCAGACAUUUAGACGGAGCAAAUUUGAUAAUUAAACUCCUUGAUCAACGUUGUUGUUGGAUGUUGUUUUGUUAUUCAUAUCAAGCCUAUGGGCAUUCAAUUUACUUGUGUCAUUGGGCAUUUGCUGAAAUUUAUAUAAUCUGGGUUGGUUCUUUAUGGGCAUAAUGCCCUUGUUAGCAAUGGAAAAGCUUGCUAUAUGUUUCUAGCUUACAUGUAUACUGGUGUUGAGUUAUUUUACGUUUCAGGAUGUCUCGCCGGGUAUCAGCUAAAGUGAAGAGAAAAACUACUAUCUUGCAAGAGUCUGAGCAACAGCCAGCUAGUCGCCAUAGACGGGUGGAGGAGAAUGACGAACAAGCAGAUCAGGUCCCAGGCCCAGCAGGUCCUCCGUAUGCUGGCGUUGAUAACUUGAUUGAGAGAGUGACAAAUGCAGUUUUACAAAAAUUACAAAAUACACGAUUCAAUACUAAUGUAGGUACUGGAAAUGUUUCAUUGCCUCGAACAGUCUCAACUGUACAGGGGUCAGUUGUCGCUGAACCAGUCAUACAUGAGUUAAGGGAUUCUCAGGUUAAUGUUUCUGAAAUUUUAAAUAGUUCAGAUCAGGCUAGCUCAGCAGCCCCAACUGUACUGGGAUCGAUCGUGACUGUGUUGGAUAGCUUGUCAGGAAGCACCAGUUUAAUAACUAACCCAAAAGAUAUUUUUGUGUCGUCAGACAUUCCCAUUGACAUGUCAGUUUUUCAUAGGCUAAAAAGAAAAAUAUGGGCCCAUGAAUAUGUCGAUUUUGGAUUGCUCUUAAAUAAUAAGAAAGACCAUGAUAGUUUCAAUCUAUGCCUUUCAAAUGACAUGACAUCAUCAAAUGACCAACCACGCAUCACACUGGAGCCAAAGCAAAAGUCAAAACAUAUCAAUUAA